AUGGUCCGGCGCGGCUUAGUGAAACUAAAGAGUUUUGUUGUCGAUUUAUUCGGCGAUGAAGGCAAGUGGAGCUCGCCUGGUGAGAGUGCGAAAUUAUUUCAAAGUAAUUGGAUUAGCAUUACUUGGUACGCUAAUACGGAAUCAAUUUUAUUUCAAGGCGAACCGGGAAUUAAACUGAAGGAACUAAUAGAGAACUCUUCCAAGAAUAGGACAACAACGAACUUGAUAAAUAUAAGCGAGUCAAAAUGUUAUGACCGCUUAUUCGACGAAUUAAUCGAAGUUAAGCAGAGCGUAGCAAAUAUGUCAAGCGCUAUGAACAAACUUUACGAUCAUGUAGCCUUUACAGUUAAUUCCAUCUAUAGUCAAGACCUAACCUCAAAGAAAACGGUGUCUGAAUGUGGUAUACAGACAGAUAUAUACCCGAUGAGUUCAAAUCUUGCUCACAUUGAUAAUCAAGGCACAAUCUUUAAGAAUGCGGUGUGUGAGAUCGGUAUUCAAACGGACGUUAACCCGGUAAACGAAAUUCUUACCCAGAAUAGAGUCAAAGAGCAUAUACCCAGUUCGUUUUACGAGCUUUCAACCGAUCUUGAGGGCACCAAAUUAGACAUCGUAAUUAUGGAACGCAAAAUUGCAAGUGGGGUUCGUGAGAAUGGUCAAGCAUUAGAUCAAACUCGUGCCGAAUUGGCAGAUAUCAGAGAUGAUCAGCAGAAAGCCGCACAUCGCGAUAAAGCAAUAAUAGAGUUAUUGUCAAAGCAAAACAAGUGCUCUCUCUGA